UGCACCUAUGUGAUGACGUAUUUCACAUCCACCGUCAGUCAUGGCAUUUUCCAGAUCACUGCGAAUAUUGCCAUUUCUAAAGAAUAUCAACAGGGAACAACUGUUUUCUGUUGCACGGACCUUUCAUACACAAAGCGUUCUGUCAUCUCAGAAUAUUACAUUUGAAGAGAAACCCGAGUUUCCUGGUUCCAAGUCCCACUAUGUCCAUAAACUGGAGUACAUACAGCCUGAGUUGCUGGAGGGUAUUCCUGUCUACAGAGUCAUGGGAAGAGAUGGGAAGAUUGUGGAUGAAACACAAGAUCCAAAGCUGGACAAAGACACUGUGAUAAAGAUGUACAAGGACAUGACUCUUCUCAACACCAUGGACCGUGUACUGUAUGAGUCUCAAAGACAGGGCCGAAUCUCCUUCUACAUGACAAACUAUGGCGAGGAAGGAACUCACAUAGGAUCAGCCGCUGCUCUCGACCCCAGAGAUCUUGUGUUUGGUCAAUACAGAGAGGCAGGUGUGCUGAUGUGGCGGGGUUUCACCCUGGACCAAUUCAUGAACCAGUGCUAUGGCAAUGCAGGUGAUGUGGGGAAGGGGAGACAGAUGCCAGUUCACUACGGCUCUCGGGACCUCAACUUCAUCACCAUCUCAUCACCUCUAGCCACCCAGAUGCCUCAAGCGGCAGGGGCUGCCUACGCCUUCAAGCUGAAGAAGAAUGACCUGUGUGUGAUGUGCUACUUCGGGGAGGGGGCAGCGUCCGAGGGGGAUGCUCACGCUGCAUUCAACUUUGCUGCUGUGCUAGACUGUCCCAUCAUCUUCUUCUGCCGAAACAAUGGUUAUGCCAUAUCUACACCUACAAAGGAUCAGUACAAAGGAGAUGGUAUUGCUUCCCGGGGAGCAGGGUACGGCAUGCUGACAGUUCGCGUGGAUGGCAAUGAUGCCUUUGCUGUGUACAAUGCCACAAAGACAGCACGGGAAAUGGCCAUCAGUCAAAGCAGACCUGUCCUCAUCGAGGCGAUGACAUACAGAAUUGGCCAUCACAGUACCUCCGAUGACAGUUCAGCGUACCGGUCAGUGGACGAGGUAAGCUACUGGGACAAGCAGGACAAUCCAAUCUCGCGACUACGCAACUACAUGGUGAGCCAGGGCUACUGGAACGACGACAUCGAAAAGGAGUGGAAGCUAGAGUCUAGGAAGAAGGUGAUGAAUUCAUUUGCAGCAGCAGAAAACCGCAAGAAGCCUAACCCAGAGGAACUGUUUCAUGACGUGUACGAGGAAAUGGUGCCACACAUACGGCGCCAGAUGCAGGAGAUGAAACAUCACGUUCUUCAAUACAAGGAACACUACCCGCUGGAACACCACGAGAAGAUGUCCUAACUCACACACAGAAUCUCCCCGCUUCAAGCACUUUUUUUCAGUCCGUCUCAGGUUCAAGUUCCAAGCAGAUAUUUAUCGAUUCGAUUCAAUCAAAUCCUUUUGUUUAAUUGUCUAGGUUUUGUUCCUCAAUGUUCCACAAAAUAUUAAUCGCAGAAGAAUGGUGCUUAACAAAAUUUGCCACGCAGACAAAAUAUUUUUAUUUGCAUUGUGUUUUUUGGUUUUCUUGGAUUUUUUUGGUAAUUGAAGUAUAUAAUAGUUGAUAAAUGUAAUAUGUGUUCCAUGUGAUUCCAGUUUUCAAACAUUUAUGUAGGCCAAGAACUAUGUCAAUGUGUUUAUUGUUUGUCUGAAAUUAGGCACAAAUUUGAAUGAGAUGGCAAUCUUGAGUAUUAAACAGUCAGUUGCCAUAUAAACAUGCCUGUUCAUUUUUCUCGUAUUUAGACACUUUAAGACAAUCAUCCUGUUCCAACAGAGCAAUAGGAAUUGACUUGUGUUAGUGUUCACUGAUGUACCUUGAUUUAAUGUAAACUCGGCAAAGGUAAAGAUCUGAAGGUUACAUAUCUGUAGAUACUGUAAAUUGUGUAUAUACAGGCUUGAUAACAUGUUACAGAAAGUGAAACAUUCACUUACAUUCAGGAGGGGUACAGUUCCUUACGUGGUUGUUUGGGUUGCAAAUUUACUUAUUGAGCUUCUAUAAUGGCUUCAGAUUCUGAUACUGAAUUAUUAUUAUUAGUUUUAAAGAACAAAUAUUCCACAUGAAUAAAAUACUCACCACAAAUUUGUCUUUUUCGUCACCAGGAUUUUAUGAUAAGCCAUGAUAGUUCCAAGUCAAAAUCCUGUAUAAUUUAGAAACCAACAUUAUUCACUUCUGAUCGUUCAGGGUUGUAUGCUUUAUCAUUGUUGGCAGCUAACGUAUUCUUUUGUUCCUUGUUCUCACCUGUUCUGAAAAUAGCUACUCGUGAACACUGAUCAUGUGGUAGAAUUAGAAGACACACGAUUGUCAGAUAUAUUGACAAAUGGUUCCUGUAACUGUCGCUGAUAUCUUGAGUAUUAGAGAGUGUAAUAUGUCACAUGUUUAGUUCUUUGACAGAACAGACUGACGAUGAAAAUGUUAUGUUUGAGAGAGUGAUUGUUCAAUGUAUAUAGUGUGUAGUGUGGAAAGGAGUAUCUAACUUUAUUGUGGAUGGAUAUGAAUAAAUAUUGGAUAAACUCA